UGUUAUGGUCUGUGGGAGGCGCACGCUCUCAAACACAUCUCCGUGUAGAACAGUCGCCCCGGAGAUACCGAAUAGAAGAGAAACUGGGACCACACAACUCCCACCAUGAAACAAUAGUGAAACUGUCCCGCUUGCCGGGAGUAUCUUUCCCAGAACCAGACAUUACCUUUUUAUUGUCUCCACCGAGGCUGGUGAGGUUGAAAUAUGGAAACGGCUGCUUCAAGAUGUUUCCUAUUGCUCACUCAGCUCUUGCUCGUCUGUCAAUUAGCUGAACCUGUGCAAGGAUACGGACACCGGGCCCAGGCUGCCCAGCGCAAAUUCGCUGAUGACAUCGACUGGUCCUAUGCGGGGACUCUAAACCAAAACAACUGGGCCAACAAGUACUCAUCAUGCAGCAAUGCUAGACAGUCGCCCAUCAACAUCGAGGAGGAGCUGACACAGGUCAAAGUUCAGUUCCAAAAGCUGGAGUUUGAGGGCUGGGAGGAGGCGAUGUCUGAUAGGACCACCAUCAAGAAUGACGGCAAGACCGUGGCGGUGAACCCAGAGGGGGACUUCUAUUUGAGUGGAGGGGGGCUGAGGGGCAGGUUUAAGGUGGGGAGAAUCACCUUCCACUGGGGCCUCUGUAAGGCUUCCACAGAGGGCUCCGAGCACAGUCUCAGUGGGGUCAAGUACCCCCUGGAGAUGCAGAUCUACUGUUAUGAAGCGCUUCACUUUGAGUCCAUAGACCAGGCCAUCAAGGACGGGGGCAGGAUCACAGCUCUCUCUGUGCUGUUAGAGACAGGCAUUGAAGACAAUGACAACUACAUGGCCAUUAUCGACGGAAUCAACAGUGUCAGCCGAUUCGGUAAGAGUGGGAUGGUGGGUCCCUUCUCUCUCCGUGGCCUCCUGCCCAACUCAACAGAUAAGUACUUCACCUACAAUGGCUCCCUCACCACCCCACCCUGCACUGAUACCGUGGAGUGGAUUGUCUUCAAGAACACUGUGGCCAUCUCCGACACGCAGCUGGAGGUGUUCUGUGAGGUGAUGACCAUGCAGCAGGCAGGCUAUGUGAUGCUGAUGGACUACCUGCAGAACAACUUCAGGGAGCAGCAGCAGCAGUUCAUGGGACAGGUCUUCUCCUCCUAUACCGGCACGGAGGAGGUCCUCACUCCCAUCUGUAGUUCAGAGCCGGAGAAUGUGCAGGCGGACCCCCAUAACCUGACCAGCCUGCUGGUGAUGUGGGAGCGGCCGAGGGCGGUGUACGACGCCGGGAUAGAGAAGUACUCAGUCACCUACAGGCUGGCCCAAGGAGAGGACUCUGCAACCUUCCAAUACCUGACUGACGGAGACCAGGAUGUGGGGGCCAUGCUGCAGGACCUGAAAGCCAAUACUAGCUAUGUGGUGCAGGUGGUGGCCGUGUGCACCAACGGUCUGUACGGUCACGUGAGCGAGCAGCUGUCCGUCGACAUGCCCUUCGAAGACCCCGAGGUAACACCUUAUCCAGAUUCUACUGAGUUUGAAGGGGAAGAGGACUAUGGACCCUGGGCUAAACCAGGUGAAGAACUGGACAAUGACAUGGACUGGACAACCCAAAGCACUACGAGAACCAGGCCCACUUCAACCACUGGCCCACCCAGCCUCCCCUUGCCUGCUAUCAGAACCACCACCCCAUUUGUCCAGAGGAGAACCCCCACACCAGGCACUCCAUCCAGGACCACUCAACCCAACCAAGCACAGACUUCCACAGAGCAGAGUGAGAGGUAUCGCAGUACAACCAGAGCACCAGCAGAGGGUGCCGUCUCAGCAGGCAGCAGAGGCAGGGGAAGAACCCAGAAGUAUACCACUACAGUGACCACUCCGCAAUCACGCACUGAUGUCAUCAACACUUCAUCAACCAAGACCGAGAAGGGCAGAGGGGUGGCGUAUCCUGUGACCGUCCCAAGCGGAAAAGGCAGUGGUGUUUCCAUAGCCAUUCUGCUCCCGGAAAGCCGGACCAUGGCCACUUCCGCCUCCUCCCUCUCUCAGGGAGAACCACCAUGGCCUACAAGUCCCAGCAUGCCCUUGUUUUCAUCCACUGCCUCCUCCUUCGCCGGGGCACUCUUGCAGACCACGCAGCCGGUGUUCAACGCCACACCGUCCAGCUCCAAGGACCACUGGGUCUCGGCCCUCCGAACCUCGGCCCCCUCCUCUCCCUACUCGGCCUCCCCCCUCACCCCCACCCUCCCCCCUGAGCUGCAGACGGUAGACAGUAGUGCCUCUGGCUCGACCCUGUUUGGAGAAGCCCAGAAGGAGCUAGAUGAGGAGUGGGACAGGGUUCAGAGUUCAGCCUCGGGGGAGGGCGCGCUCCCUUACAUCCCCACCUUCACCCCCUCACUCACCUCUGAAGCCACCGCCACUCCCAACAUCGACACAGAAGAACUCUCCUCAUCGUUCUACUUUGAGAGCGAGAACGGCAGUGCCGUCACCAACGAUACAGCGGGCAGCACGGCAACAGUAUCUGGGGUGACCGUGGCGGCGCCCUGGUCGCUAGGUGUUGAGGUGGAGAGUGGCUCGGGGCAGGGCGAGAGCCUGUACGACAACGAGACGUCAUCAGACUUCACUAUCACCGAGCGCACAGAGAGAGACUCUGAGGAGGAGGAGGAGCCAGUUGCAGAGGCCAGUAACAGCAGCCAUGAGUCCAGGGUGGGUCUGGCCAGGGAGAGAGAGAGGAGGGCCAUGGUCCCUCUGGCAGUGAUCUCCACCCUCACCUUCCUGGGACUCAUCGUCCUGGUGGGAAUCCUCAUCUACUGGAGGAAGUGUUUCCAGAUUGCCCAUUUCUACAUAGAGGACAACACAUCCCCCAGAGUCAUAUCUGUUUCACCCACAUCCAUGCGUACAGAUACAGAUAAACAAGAAGCCCUUCCAGUGAAGCAGUUUGUCAAGCACGUGACGGAGCUCCACCACACCAAUGCAUUCUCCAGAGAGUUUGAGAUAUUGAAAGAGUGUUAUGAGGAGGUGCAGGUGUGCCCGGUGGACCUGGGUAUCACCACAGACGGCUCCAACCAUCCAGACAACAAGAACAAGAACCGAUACGUUAAUAUCCUGGCCUAUGACCACAGCCGAGUAAGACUCUCAACCCAGGCUGACAAAGAUGGGAAGAGUGGAGAUUACAUUAACGCAAACUACGUUGACGGUUUCAACAAGUCCAGGGCCUACAUCGCAGCCCAGGGCCCACUCAAGUCCAGCACCGUGGACUUCUGGAGGAUGGUGUGGGAACAGAACGUGGGCGUCAUCAUCAUGAUUACCAACUUGGUAGAGAAGGGACGGAGGAAGUGUGACCAGUACUGGCCCCUGGAUAGCCAGGAAGAGUACGGUGGUUUCCUGGUGAUGGUGAAGAGCAAUAAGGUUCUGGCCCACUACACCCAGAGAACCUUCACCCUCAGGAACACCAAGGUCAAAAAGGUUUCUCUGAAGGGGCGGAUUAACGAGCGGACCGUGACACAGUACCACUACACUCAGUGGCCGGACAUGGGCGUGCCCGAGUACACUCUGCCCGUGCUCACCUUCGUCCAGAAGUCCUCCAAAGCCAGGACAGAUGACAUGGGGCCUAUCGUAGUGCACUGCAGUGCAGGGGUUGGCAGGACUGGAACCUACAUAGUGUUGGAUAGCAUGCUGAAGCAGAUCAAAGAAGAGGGCACGGUCAACAUCAUGGGCUUCCUCAAACACAUCCGCACACAGAGGAACUACCUGGUACAGACAGAGGAGCAGUAUGUGUUCAUUCACGAUGCUCUAGUGGAGGCCAUCUUGAGCAAGGAGACGGAGGUUCCCUCCAGUCGCAUCCACAGCUACGUCAACGACCUCCUGACCCCAGGGCCCUCCGGAAGGACACAGCUAGAGAAACAGUUUAAGCUGAUAUCCUCGUCCAAUGCCAUACAGUGCGACUACUCUUCAGCCCUGAAAGAGUGUAACAGAGAGAACAGAAACUCCUCUUUAAUACCCGAUGAAAGGUCACGGGUUUGUCUGUCCACAGUGGCUGGAGAAACUACAUCAGACUACAUCAACGCCUCAUACCUCACGGGGUACCGGCAGAGCACUGAGUUCAUCGUGACCCAAAACCCGCUGGCCGGCACAGUGACAGAAUUCUGGAGGAUGAUCUGGGAUCACAACGCUCAGGUCAUAGUCACACUGCCGGGAACACCAAGCCUGGCAGAGGGGGAGGAGCCAUACGUGUACUGGCCCCGCAAGGAGCAGCCAAUCAGCUAUGAGGUGUUCACAGUGACCCUGCAGAGCGAGAACCACAUGUGUCUGGCCAACGAGGAGAUGCUGGUGGUGCAGCACUACGUCCUGGAGGCUACACAGGAUGACUAUGUUCUGGAAGUGAGGCACUACCGGGCGCCUCACUGGCCCAACCCGGACAGCCCCAUCAGCAGCACCUUUGAGCUGCUCAGUCUGGUGAAGGAGGAGAGCUCCUCCAAGGAGGGCCCCACGGUGGUCCACGACCAGGUUGGUGGUGUUACUGCGGGAACCUUCUGUGCCCUGUCUACUCUGGUGCGCCAACUAGAGGCGGAGAGCUCUGUGGACGUGUACCAGGUGGCCAAGAUGUUCAACCUCAUGAGGCCCAGGACCUUCACUGAUGUUGAGCAGUAUCAGUUCCUAUACACAGCCAUGCUGAGUCUGGUGGGCACACAGGAGGACGAGAGGAUGCUCCAGUCCUCAGACAACAACGGAACAGUCCCAGGGGACACCGCCAGCACAGCAGAGAGCCUUGAGUCCCUGGUGUAACCAUUUACAUUUUAGUCACUUAGCAGAAUAGGAGCAAUUAGGGUUAAGUGCCUUGCUCAAGGGCACAUUGACAGAUCUUGUCACCCUGUCGGACCCAGGAUUCGAACCAGAGACCUUUUGGUUACUGGCCCAAUGCUCUUAACAGCUAGGCUACCUGCCACCCUAUGGCAACAGGGCCCCUAACUUGUCAGUAUGUAUUCUCGCCUAUCUCACAGUUUUCUGUUUUUAAAAACUGCAGCUUUGCCUGUUUACCCUCUCUUCUGUUCUCCGUCUUUGAAUGCAUUUUCCAGACCGCUGGACAUGAUACCCUAUGACCUUGUAAUGUGUGCCUUUGUAAAUUCAUCUUGUAGCCUACUUGUAAUGGCUCUCAUACAAUUGAAAUCAACUUUUCUAAUGUUUUGUUGAUACUGCUGUCUUGAGAUAUUUGCUUUACUCUGUUUCAUAUUUAUUUUCAGUAAGCAUAAAAAAAGGGAACAUGCUACUUUUUACGUUAAACAGGUUUUGUUAGCCUAUUUUUUGUUGAGUCAAUGCAUUGAGCAACUAAUUAUUCCGUCUAACAUUGAAUAUGCUAUUUUGUUUGUAGCAACAGUGAGCUUUUGAAGUCGAAAAUGCAUAAUGGUAUGAAAUAAUACAUCUAAUAUGUAAAUAAUAUUAUAGCAACCAAGUCAAUGGACCAAAUUUCUAUUUAUACUUCUAGAUUUUUAUAUUUUACUACAAUUUUUUGUCAAUUUUUAUGUAUGGCUGCAUUCUAAAAAUAACUUAGUCAAAACAUUUUUUACAUUUUAAUAUUAGUGUUCUGUAUUUUGUAACGUACUAAAUAUGAAGCAUGGGGUAUUGACACUUUUUAGCUGUACAUUAAACAUUGCUAGAGGAUUAGACAGGAUUAAACAAGUGAAAGAAAAUUCAA